AUGUUGGUGUUCUUGGUUCUUGUGACUGUGGCCCUAUCAUCUGCUCACCAUUCUGGGGAGCACUUUGAAGGUGAGAAAGUGUUCCGUGUCAAUAUUGAAGAUGAAAAUCAAAUCAGCAUACUCCGUGAGUUGGCCAGCACCAAACAGAUUGACUUCUGGAAACCAGAUUCUGUCACACAAAUAAAACCUCACAGUACAGUUGACUUCCGUGUUAAAGCAGAAGAUAUUUUGGCUGUGGAAGACUUUCUGGAACAGAAUGAAUUACAAUAUGAGGUAUUGAUAAGCAACCUGAGAUCUGUGCUGGAGGCUCAGUUUGACAGCCAGGUCCGUGCUACUGGACACAAUUACAAGAAGUACAACAACUGGGAAACGAUAGAAGCUUGGACUGAACAGGUCACCAGUGAGAAUCCAGACCUCAUCUCUCGCAGCACCAUUGGAACCACAUUUGAAGGACGCACUAUGUACCUCCUCAAGGUUGGCAAAGCUGGACUAAAUAAGCCUGCCAUUUUCAUGGACUGUGGUUUCCAUGCCAGAGAGUGGAUUUCCCCUGCGUUUUGCCAAUGGUUUGUGAGAGAGGCUGUUCGCACCUAUGGACAUGAAAUCCACAUGACAGAACUUCUCGACAAGUUAGACUUUUAUGUCUUGCCUGUGGUCAAUAUUGAUGGCUAUGUCUACACCUGGACCAAGAACCGAAUGUGGAGGAAGACCCGCUCUACCCAUGCUGGAAGUACCUGCAUCGGCACAGACCCUAACAGAAAUUUUGAUGCUGGCUGGUGCUCAAUUGGAGCCUCUGAAAACCCCUGUGAUGAGACUUACUGUGGACCUACUGCAGAGUCUGAAAAAGAAACCAAGGCCCUGGCUGAUUUCAUCCGCAACAACCUCUCUUCCAUCAAAGCCUACCUAACAAUCCACUCCUACUCCCAGAUGAUGCUCUACCCUUACUCCUAUGCUUACAAACUCGGAGAAAACAAUGUUGAGUUGAACACCCUGGCUAAAGCUACUGUGAAAGAACUUGCCACACUGCAUGGUACCAAGUACACGUACGGCCCAGGGGCUACAACAAUCUAUCCUGCUGCUGGGGGCUCUGACGACUGGGCUUAUGACCAAGGAAUCAAAUAUUCCUUCACCUUUGAACUCCGGGAUAAAGGCAGAUAUGGCUUUGCCCUCCCUGAAUCCCAGAUCCAGCCAACCUGUGAGGAGACAAUGUUGGCAAUCAAGUAUGUCGCCAACUACCUCCUGGAACAUCUGUACUAGUCAAGAAUGCUAAGAGCCUUAUUUCAAAGGGCUCACUCUUUGUUUCUUUUCUAUCCUGAAUUCUUUUUUUUGCCUAAAUGUUUUCCA